CUCUGGAGCUGAGGCUGAAGGAUGGACGCCACCGCUGUGAGGGGAGAGUGGAAGUGAAGCACCAAGGAAUAUGGGCUUCCGUAUAUGCUCAGUACUGGUUCAUGGAGGCUGCAGAAGUGGUGUGCAAAGAGCUGGGAUGUGGACUUGCUAUUGAUGCUCCCAGAGGGUCUUAUUUUGGACCAAGGCUUGGUCCUAUUUGGGUUUUCUUUGUUAACUGCAGCAAUACAGAGCCAGAAUCAUCUUUCACUAUCCAUAAUUGUGUUCAUUCUGAUUUCAAAAACUAUAAUCAUACCUUUUCUCACGACCAGGAUGUUGGAGCAGUCUGCUCAGGAUUCGUGCGUCUAGUUCAAGGGAAUGGACCCUGUUCAGGGCGAGUAGAAGUGCAUUCUGGAGAAGACUGGACACCAGUGUCUGAUGGGAACUUUACAUUCCCCACUGCCCAGGUCAUCUGUGCAGAGCUGGGAUGCGGCAAGGCUGUGUCUGUUCUGGGUCAGAGGCCCCUCAGAGAGUCAGAUGACCAGGUCUGGCCUGAAGAGUUCAGGUGUAAGGGGGAGGAGUCCGUGCUCAGGUCCUGCCCCAGAGUGCCCUGUCCAGGAGGCACUUGUCACCACAGUGGAGCUGUUCAAGUUGUCUGUUCAGCAUACUCAGAAGUCCGGCUCAUGAGAAAUGGCACCUCUCAGUGUGCGGGGCGAGUGGAGAUGAAUAUUUCUGGAGGAUGGAGAACACUCUGUGCCUCCCACUGGACCAUGGCCAAUGCCAAUGUUGUGUGUCGUCAGCUCGGCUGUGGAGUCGCCCUCUCCACCCCGAAGGGAGGUGAUCCGAUGUGGAAAGCCCGAUUUCACUGCUCUGGGGCUGAGUCCUUCUUGUGGAAUUGCCCUGUGACUGCCCUGGGUGUUCCUGACUGUGCCCAUGGAAACACAGCCUCUGUGAUCUGCUCAGGAAACCAGACCCAGGGGCUGCCUCAGUGCAAUGACUCCCUGUCUGAACCAGCAGGCUCUGCAGCCUCAGAGGAGAGCGCCGCCAGCUGCUCAGACAGCAGACAGCUGCGCCUGGUGGAUGGAGGGAGUUACUGCUCAGGGAGAGUGGAGAUCCUUCACCAGGGCUCCUGGGGCACCGUCUGUGAUGACAGCUGGGACCUGGACGAUGCGCAUGUGGUGUGCAGGCAGCUGGGCUGUGGAGAUGCCCUCAGUGCCCCAGGGUCUGCUCACUUUGGGGUGGGCUCAGGCCACAUCUGGCUGGAUGACGUGAACUGCACAGGAAAGGAGUCCCACGUGUGGCAGUGCCCUUUCGGGGGCUGGGGGCGGCACGACUGCAGACACAAGGAAGACGCAGGGGUCAUCUGCUCAGAGUCCCUGGCCCUCAGGGUGGUGAGCGAGGACCAGGAGUGUGCCGGGUGGCUGGAAGUUUUCUACAACGGGACCUGGGGCGGUGUCUGCCGCAGCCCCAUGGAAGACAUCACCUUGUCCAUCAUCUGCAGGCAGCUUGGCUGUGGGGACAGUGGAACCCUCAACUCUUCGGUGGCUUUUAGGGAAGGUUCUAGACCCUGGUGGGUGGAUAGAAUCCAGUGUCGGAAAACUGAUCGCUCUCUCUGGGAGUGUCAUUCUGACCCUUGGAAGUACAUUUCGUGUUCUCCAAAGGAGGAAGCCUAUGUCUCUUGUGCAGAGAAGCUGCGACUCAGGGGAGGAGACACCUCAGAGAACAACUGCUCAGGGCGAGUGGAGGUGUGGCACAGUGGCUCCUGGGGCACAGUGUGUGAUGACUCCUGGAGCCUGGCAGAGGCCGAGGUGGUGUGUCAGCAGCUGGGCUGUGGCCAUGCCCUGGAAGCCCUGCGGGAUGCGGCAUUUGGCCCUGGAAGUGGGAGCAUCUGGCUGGACGAGGUGCAGUGCAGGGGCAGGGAGUCCUCCCUGUGGGACUGUGCUGCGGGGCCCUGGGGGCAGAGCGACUGCAAGCAUGAGGAGGACGCUGGAGUGAGGUGCUCUGGGACCAGACCAGACUUAAAUCCUGGCAUCUUCUCCCUGCCUGAGAUCCUCUGCUUCAUCCUGGGGGCCCUUCUCCUCCUGGUCCUCAUCAUCCUGGUGGCUCAGCUGCUCAGAUGGAGGGCAAAGCACAGAGGUGCUGUCGAUGAGGCCGUGUAUGAGGAGAUUGAUAACCUUGGAAUACCAAAGGAAGAUCUGCUGGGAAGCACAGGGUUCCUGUCAGAUGACUCAGUGACGAAACUGCCGUAUUACACUGGGGAAGGUGAAGAGAACAGAGACUCCAAAUCUGCUCCAGAUGAACCCUCAGCCCAGGGGGUUGAUGCCCCCAGUGAGGGUUAUGAUGAUGCUGAAGAGGUACCCGUGCCUGGGGCUCCUGCUGCCUCUCCGAUGGGCACCAGGAAAGUGCCUCCAGAAGAGGAGAGUGGGAUGCGGGCCUCUCAGACAGGCUCUUCUCUGAACUUCCCUAGAGAGACGGCUGAUCCUGGGAAAGGAGAAGAUAGCCCCUUGCUUCUCCAGAGGGAAAAGGGGGACCCUGAGUAUGAUGACGUUGAACUAAGUCCCCCUGGCGCCUCCACGGUGGCUUUCCCAUGAUGUUGUAAUGAUAUGAGACGAAGACUCAGAUACUCUAAUGGCUUGUAUUUCAACAGUGUUUUGCUGAUGUAUAAUUGUAUUAGAAUGAAACUGCUCAAAGUAAAAUGUUCUGAGUAAAGUACUUUUCCCUUUGUUGGUAAUUUAAUGUAUCAUGUCAAAUGCAUUCAGUGAAUUGAUCCCAAAUUGCUAUGUUCUCUCAAAGGAAAUGGCAAGGUGAGUGAACUGCCCUGUUUUCUCAUCUCCCCCAAAUGCUGUUCAAGUCAUGUCUGUGCCCAGGCUCACAGAUGCUCCAGGUCACUCUUACUUAGACAAGAGACUCUAAACUUGGUCCAAACUCACACCCUCAUUCCUGACAAGAUGGGCUCAUGGAGAAAG